CAAACUCGUAAUUUCAAAUUUUUGAGCUGUGGCUCUUUUCUUUUUUCCAAUCUUUUUCUUUAAUUUUUUUCUUUGAAUAUCCAUACUUUGCAGAAACUUAACAGGAACUUACCAAGCUAUCGACUUAAGAAUAUUAUCAACAUAGUCAUCAUCAUUGUUUAGAAAUGGAGAUAGAUUUAGCAACAGCUGCUACUACAGCAUCCACUACGGCGAGCACCAAUUCUGCUCCUAUCAAAGAUACACCUAUUAGGAGUUGGUGGAAGAAAGUAACUCAUAAUAGCGCCAACAAUAAACAAGUCAGCUCUCAAAAACAAGUAUAUGCUGAGGAUCAGGUUUUUGGUGUGCCUUUAGAAGACAGUUUGAAAUGUGCCAGAGCUGCUAUUGCUUAUGUAGAUAAUGAUGUUCAAUAUGUUGGGUUCAUUCCUGUCAUAGUCGCCAAAUGUGGUUCCUUUUUGAAAGACCAAGGUCUUUAUACCGAGGGCGUUUUUCGUAUGAGUGGCAGUGCAAAGAGAAUCGGAAAGCUGCAACAAAUUUUUAAUACUGCACCAGAUUACGGCCGACAAUUAGAUUGGAAAGGAUUUUCAGUACAUGAUGCGGCAAACGUUUUACGACGUUUUCUGAAUUACCUGCCAGAACCUGUGAUUACUCAUAAUCUAUAUCAGCCUUUCAAAGAUGUCUUGUUAGAAGAUGCCGCGGAUACGACUACAGAAGAAGAAAAAGUAGCACAGUAUCAGAAUUUGAUCGAGCAAUUGCCAGAAAGUCAUCAAUAUCUUUUGUUCUAUCUCUUGGAUCUGUUGUCCCUUUUUACUCAAAAUGUACAAAUCACAAAGAUGGAUUCGUUUAAUUUAGCCUCAGUUUUCACGCCUGGGAUUUUAAUGAAUCCGGAUUACAAUCUUAGUCCUGCACACUAUAAAUCAUCACAAAAAGUAGUUCAAUUUUUGGUGGAGCAUCAACAUUGCUUCAAGAUGCCCCGUUCUUCUUGGUUCACCGUCUUGAAUCAACAAGAUCAACAACAAUUACCACAGCAUCCUACCAAUGAACAGCAACCAAGUCAAGAUAUCCCAUUCACGCCACCACAGAAACCCUUACCCGCUACGCCCGUACCUAACAAUCUAUUUGACUAUAGCGGUAUGGAUAAUAAUACAAUUUCUGCACCUGAACCUAUCACAGUGACCGCCAGCGGGAACAACGAUACUCGUGGUGCAAUUGAUACCAACCCCAUGAUCAAUACUAGUGCAGAUAACACAAAUGACUCGACAGCAUCAGAGCAUGCUGUUAAUUUACCAACACGUCAUCAUAGUCAUCCAUCAAGGAACGCGAGCCAACAUAUCACCGACAAUAGCGUCGUUGAUCCUUCAAGGAUGGCUAACCUGCCCUCUUCAUCUCCUCCAUCUUCUCCUUUUGCCUCGAUGAACCAAAAUUCUUACAAUAACACUACCAUUAAUUCUACUUCUACUACUUCUUCUCCUGCCACCACCACCACCACCACCACAACAACAUCUACUAUUACUCCGACAAUAACAACAGUAACUACUGAAACGGCAUCUGCUUCCAACACUCCAACUGUCGCUACAACACGACUUUCAUCUUCCAUAUUAUCGCCUCCCGUAGGUGGCGGUAAAGAUCAAAGAGUGAAACGUGCAAAGACCAUGCCGUCGAGAAGGUCGAGAUAUGGUCCUCAUGAUCCUGUUCAAAUUGUUAAAUUGAAUAAGUCUACAGCAGGAACACCUCCUCACCUUCAUCACCUUCAUCAUCAUCCCGGUUCUGACCGUGGACGUUAUCCACAACGUUUUUAAGAAGGGUUAGAAAUUAGAGAAUCCAUUCUUUAUACGUCUAUCCCUUUCCCGUACGCUCUUUAUUUUUACCCGUUCUUCUUAUUAAAUUAUCCACAUCUCCUAAUAGUUGACACUAACUGACGAACAAAUCAACAAUGACAACAAUAUGCUUUUUCUUAUUCACGUUUCCCGUCUAUCCACAUUUCUUCAUUUCCUUUUAAAUAAAGAGACAGUGUAAUAACUCCUUUGUGUGUAUGUGUAUGUGCGUCUAUGUCCUUGCUGGAGAUAAUCACCUUUUUCUUGUGAAGCGGGGUAAGACGUCAUCAUCUGUGAAUUUCCCAG